UCGAGAUCACAGAGGAACAGACCCCGAACGUUACUAAGGCGUGUUCUUUCUCUCUCAUUUUCGCAAGUCCUGGACUUUCACUUUACACAGGACUUCUACUGUGAUCUAUGAAAUAUUAAACUAACAUGGAUUCCUUAUAGUGAGCAUAGGCGCCUCACUCUAAAGUUAUGUUUCUUGUAACUUUUUGCGGAAAAGGAGUAUAUUCAUAUAGACUCGUUUUGUAGGCUGUUGGCCAAAAUGUGGCUCCUUGGAUUGGAAACUUUGCUAUUCAGGUGGCUGCUGCAGGAACACCAGUCCUGUUUCAGUUCCCCUUUCUAGAACCUUCUCCCAUGCAGGAGACCCACAUGGGCUAAGAAGGUCUGGGCCGGGACCACAGGAACAGCCUGACCAGUCAUUUCCUGCUACUCACAGGUCCAGAGACUGCAGAGAGCCAAGAUGCACGGCGGUCGGAAGAAAACCAGGGUGCUGUGUGUGAUGAUGAUACUCAAUGUCUUCGUCUUCAUCCUUGUGGGUGUGUCUCGGAACUUGGGCCAGAAUAAGGGGGACCAGCGGAAGCCACGCAUUCCCUCCAAGAGGUUCUGGAAGAAGCAGAUGACCAGCGAGAUCUUCUGGAAUAAGGAGCAGCAGAGGCUGGACUAUAUCUACAACCCCAUCCUCAUGUUGGGUUUGACCAAUGACUCUCUCCUGGAGCUACCUGAUUGGCUCAACGACACCAAGUCCCCGGACCCCUGCCAACCGGACUACAGCGUCACCACCCAGGUGAAGGACUACAACUCCCUGCCACCCCGCUUCCAGGACUUCCUGCAGCACAUGCGCUGCCGCUCGUAUCCGAUGAUCAUGGACCAGCCACGCGUAUGCGAGAGCAAACCCUACCUCCUAUUGGCCGUCAAGUCCCUGGCGCCCCACUUCGACCGGCGGCAGGCCAUCCGGGAGUCGUGGGGGCGGGUGGGCGUUCUAGCCAAUCGGACUGUAGCCACGGUCUUCCUCCUUGGAAAUGCUGUGGCAGUCGACCACUUCCCCAACUUGUCUGGGAUGCUCAGCCACGAGGCCAGACUUUACGGGGACCUCCUCCAGUGGGACUACCGAGACUCCUUCUUCAACCUCACCCUCAAAGAGGUGCUCUUCCUGGACUGGUUCAGCCAGCGUUGCCCUGACGCCCGCUUUGUCUUCAAGGGGGAUGAUGACGUCUUCGUCAACACCUGGAGGAUCUUAGACUUCCUCCACAAUCUUCCAGAGAUCAGGGCCAGGGAUCUGUUCAUAGGGGAUGUAAUCACCAACGCCGGCCCGCACCGGGACCGGAAGCUCAAGUACUUCAUCCCAGAGAGUGUGUUCGUGGGGCCAUACCCUCCCUAUGCCGGCGGAGGAGGGUUCCUGUACUCUGGGGAACUGGCACUGCAGUUGCACAACAUCUCCCAGCAGGUGGCGCUGUAUCCUAUUGAUGAUGUCUACACAGGGAUGUGUCUCCAGAAGCUGGGCUUGGUCCCGGAGAAGCACAAGGGCUUCAGGACGUUUGACAUUGAUGAGAAAUACAGGGGCAACCCGUGCGCGUAUAAGAGCUUAAUGCUCGUGCACAGCAGGACGCCGCAGGAGAUGAUCAAAAUCUGGGCCUGGCUCAGCGAUCCAGAAUUGGACUGUCAGUGAGACAUCUACAUGCAUCCCACAUUACACCCUAUUCCCUACAUAGUGCACUAUUUUUGACCAGAGACCUAUAGGCCCUGGUCAAGAGUAGUGUACUAUAUAGGGAAUAGGGUGCCGUUUGGGAUGCAUCCAAUGGGUCUUUGAGCAUUUUUUUAUGUGUUCUAAGUGCUUUCUUUGGUUUUUGUGGAAUUCGCAAAAUCCUCGAGGUUCGGUAGCAAUGCUGGGGUUCACGUGCUAGUUGGAACUCUGAGUUUUCUGACUUGCUAAUUAGCUGUAGUUAUACACGUGCCGUGUUCAACCAUUUAGCAAGUUGAAUAUUUUUGAGUUUCCUAGUUCCGACUAGCACUUCACAAGUCAAUGUGUUCCAGCUUCAGUAGAAUCAGCUGAUAUAUGUCUAGCAUUCCAAAGUAUUUUUUACAUGCGCAACCAUUCAUGUACACUCUUCAAGACAGUGUUUGGCAAAUGUAGCAUCAUUAAUAUAAAUGUACUAGUACUGUAUGUACUUUUCAAGCACUAUUGCACGAGAGGUCCUUCAUUUGCAAGAAAUGUAAUUUGUCACAAUAACAGUCAUAUGUGAAAAUCACCUACGAUUGGGAGAGGGGAUCCAUAUCUCUUUUAAUAGUAACAAGACAGUUCUUGACACAAACGGGUGCGCCUGGCACUUACUACCAAACCCUGUUCAAAGGCACUUCAAUAUUUUGUCUUGCCCUUUCACCCCCUGAAUGGGACACAAACAAUCCAUGUCUCAAUUAUCUCAAGGCUUAAAAAUCUACACUGAUUGAUGUGGAUUUAACAAGUGACAAUCAAUAAGGCAUCAUAGCUUUCUCCUGGUCAUUCUGUGUCAUGGAAAGAGCAGGCAUCCUUAAUGUUUUGUACACUCGGUGUGUAAUUUUUUUUUUUUUAAAUAUAAAUAUUUUACCACACUUAUCAAGCUCCUCUUCUCCGUUUCAUAAACAAAACAAAAACAAUAACAAAUGUGCCUGAGGCGACGAGUGGCUCUAUUUCACCUUAUGCGGAGCUCAGCUUUAAAGUCUUUUUUUUUGUAUUAAUAAAACAAAAUUGCACAUUUGGUGAAUAAGUAUUUGUUGAAUAAUCCAGAAUUUUAAUGGGGUUAGUAGUCCUGUGACCCAGUGUUUUUUUUUAGGCUGUAGUGAGAUGUUAUGUGCAGAGCUCUUCCUGUAUACUCACAACAGUGGAGGCUGCUGGGGGGAGGACAGCUCAACAGUAAUGACUGGAAUAGAGUGAAUGGGAUGGCAUCAAACCAUGUGUUUGUAUUUGAGACCAUUCCACUGGUUCAACUCGGGCCAUUACCAGGAGCCCGUCCUCCCCAAUUAAGGUGCCAC